CAAACAAAUAUCAACCAAAAAAAAAUCCGAGGGUUUUAGUUGCAGGGAAGGGGGGGUUUAGCUGCCGAUGUGAAUUGCAGAUAUGCCGCCUUCUACUUCAUCUCUAUUUCAGGUUCCAAGUAACUGGCUUGUCUUACCGGCUCAUCAUUCUACUCGUCUUCAUCGUUGUUUCUUGUUAACACCCCAAUUUCAUUUACAACACAGUGACCAGCUUUGCACUUACAGACACCUUGCUGAUUAUUUUCACCACGAUUCCCAUCGGUCACCACGCCGCCGGCACUCUUCUUCUUCUUCUUCUUCUUCUUCUCCUCCUUCUAUAACUUCCGACGAUGGUUACGAAGAUGAAAAGCACAAACAAGCAGCAAGAGAGGCCGUAUCUGAGAUUCUACAGGAAAAUGGAGUUUCGGAGGAGGAAUCCAACGAAAUUGCUAUCAAAGCGCCCAAGUAUCUAGAAAUGUUGAUGGAUAGCGUUCGGGACUUGGAUGAAUUAUUUCAAUCGACCAAUAGCAGCAACACCUCUUCAUCUCUUUCCAGUUACAAGAAAAGGGUUUUUGAGAUGGGAAAACAGAAAGGGGACAAGGGUUUGGUUCCUCUGUUGGAGAGCAUGGUGGGUCUUCCUCUGCCUUCCGCUAUCCAUAUUGCUCGUUAUCUCUCUGCUCACACUCCUCCUAGCCUCCUUCACAAGGUCAAAUAUUUGAAGGAAAUAUUAUUUUCCAAUGUUGAUGGAAAAGUGCCAAUUGCAAGCAGUGCUCAGCGAAUGAUGUUGCACUUAUCGGUACCUGUUGAUGAGGAUGUGCAGCAGACCUUAUCAUUUCUGGAGAAGAUUCAAGCAAGGCGUGGAGGGCUACAUUUGUUGGGUUCUGGAGAUGGGUCUUUCCGCUACCUGAUAGAAUCAUUUCCCCGACUCCUUUUAUUGUCUGUAGAAUCCCAUAUGAAGCCGAUGGUGGAUUUCCUUCGCUAUAUUGGAGUGCCUAAGGAUUGCGUUAGAAGUAUUCUUCUUUUGUACCCUCCAAUACUUUUCUAUGACAUCGAGAAAGAAAUCAAACCAAGAAGACAGGUUUUUACAAAGGUGUAUGGAGAUGAUAUGGAGUUUGGUAAGCUGUUGCUGAAGUAUCCCUGGAUUCUUUCUACGAGCAUCCUAAAAAAUUAUGAGGAAAUCCUUACUUUCUUUUAUGCAGAGAAGGUUGCAGUAGUUAGCAUUCGUCGUGCAAUCAAGGGCUUGCCAGUUCUUUUAGGUUGUUCAGUUGGAAAACUGAAGUUGAUGAUUCAACAACUUCGUGAAUUAGGUGUUACAGAAAAGAUGCUGCAUCAAGUUAUUGGCACUAGUCCUCAACUACUUAUGCAGAAACCACGAGAACUUUGCCAGGUAGUUAUGUAUUUGAAAGGUUUGGGACUUGAAGAUGAAAGUGUUGGAAGAAUGGUGGGCCGAUGCCCUGAAAUUUUCAUGACAAACAUCGAUAAAACUCUCAAGAAGAAGGUUGAAUUCCUUCUUGAACUUGGUGUUUCUAGGAAGCAUCUUCCUCGUGUGAUCAGAAAAUAUCCCGAGCUUUUUGUAUGUGAUGUGAACAAUUCUAUGCUUCCAAGAAUGAUGUACUUGUUGAAGAUUGGGCUAUCGAAGAGGGAAAUUGCAUUUAUGGUAGGUAGGUUCUCGCCAUUGCUUGGGUACAGUAUAGAAGAGGUUUUGAGGCCAAAAUAUGAGUUUCUAGUGAAGGGAAUGCAAAAGCCAUUAGAAGAAGUGGUGGAGUAUCCAAGAUAUUUUAGUUACUCACUAGAGAAGAAGAUAAAACCAAGAUUUUGGGCGCUCAAGGAUAGGAAUUGCGAGUGUAGCUUAAAAGACAUGUUGGGUAAGAACGAUGAAGAAUUUGCAGCCGACUACAUGAGUGGAAACCCUCCACCUUCUUGAUUGGAACCCGUACGUUUGUGAAAAAGAAAGAAAGGCCUUGGAGUUGGUGGUGGUGCUGAUGCAGAAUCGGAAUUGGAAUUGGAACCGGAACUGGAAAUUUGGAAUUGGAAUGGCACCAAGGUUCUGCACCAAGUGAAACAAGGCAAGAUGAUGAUUGAUCUAAAGAAAGAGAGCACUUUGCUGAUGAUAGACAACUAUUCUAACACAAUCUUUUCUAGCUCAAAAUAUUAGAAUUAUUGAACUUGAAAAGUUAAGAAACAAUUGUAUAUAUGGUGAGUUGGUGAAAACAUCGACUCUUACAGUAAAGUAAAAAUGUUCCAUUC